AUGCGGUCCGUCAGCUACGUGCAGUGCGUGGCGCUCGACUUCGGCGGCAGCCUCUUCCCGCACGCCAUCUGCCUGGGGGAUGCCGACAACGACGCGCUGAAUGAGCUCGUGGUGGGAGACACCAAUGGGAAACUCUAUGUUUACAAGAAUGAUGACAGCAAACCCUGGGCUGUGCGAUCUUGCCAAGGCAUGCUCACAUGCGUUGGCGUGGGAGAUGUAUGCAAUAAAGGAAAGAAUCUCGUGGUAGCAGUGAGUGCAGAAGGCUGGUUUCAUCUUUUUGACCUGACUUCUCCAACUUCAAAACACCCAGAUGCUUCAGGCCACCAUGAGUUGGCAGCAACAGAAGAGCAGAAGCCAGUGUUCAAGCAGCACAUUCCUGCCAACACCAAGGUCAUGCUGAUCAGCGACAUUGAUGGAGAUGGGAAGUGUGAGUUGGUGGUGGGCUACACUGACAGGGUGGUACGUGCCUUCCGCUGGGAAGACUUGUCGGAGAAUUCAGACCAUGUCUCUGGGCAGCUGCUCCUGUUGAAGAAAUGGCUGCUAGAAGGUCAGGUGGACAGCCUCUCUGUGAACCCAGGCCCUGACGGCUCACCAGAGAUGAUGGUGUCUCAGCCAGGCUGCGGUUACGCCAUCCUGCUGUGCACCUGGGACUCUGAGCAGCAGGCCACGGCAGAGGGAAGAGACAACUCUGCCCCAAGCAGCGAGGCCCCUAUUCGAGAUGUUAUUCUACACCAAACAUCUGGACGAAUUCACAACAAGAAUGUUUCCACUCAUCUUAUUGGUAGCAUUGGCCGAGGCUGCUCCAGUGAGAAUAGUGGCUCAGGUCUCUUUGCCCUCUGUACUCUGGAUGGGACAUUGAAACUCAUGGAAGGAGCAGACAAGCUACUCUGGUCUGUGCAGGUUGAUCAUCAGCUGUUUGCUCUGGAAAAGCUGGAUGUUACUGGCAAUGGGCAUGAGGAGGUGAUUGCCUGUGCAUGGGAUGGUCAGACGUACAUCAUCGACCACAAUCGGACUGUUGCCAGAUUUCAAGCAGAUGAGAAUGUCAGUGCGUUCUGUGCAGGCCUCUAUGCAUGCAAAGGGGGAAGCAACAGCCCCUGCCUGGUUUAUGUCAGCUUCAAUCAGAAGAUCUACAUCUACUGGGAUGUGCAGCUGGAGAGGAUGGAGUCCACCAACCUGUUGAAAAUCCUGGAUUGUGACCCAGAGUUUGGAAGUCUCCUGCAGCAGCUGGGUGUGGAAAGAGGCGACGUUUCUGCUGUCAAAGAUCUGAUUCACAAAACACUGUAUUUUCCUGAGAAACAGCAGCAGAGCAGCCCCUCACAGUGUCAGGACCCUGCUGGAACAGACUCCUCUGCCCACUACACUGUCAUCCAGGAUACUUUAUAACAAGUCCCGUGGAGGUUGACAUCUUUAAUAUCAGCAUUAACUCUUCUCCGACUGGAAUCGGGCAUCUAAUGAAGAUGAGACUGUUCUUUUCCUGCCUUUGUCAAAGCUUCCAGAUAGCAAAGGGUGUACAGGCUGGAUUCUGUGGAGGGAUGUGCUUGGCUGUAGGCUUGAGUGAAGGUGGUGGGUGGAUUUGCUUUUAGCUGAGGAAGCUACCAGAACAGCAAGAGUCCAGGGUCCUGCUCAUUGGCCUUCCAUUGCCAGUUUCCAUGUUCUGUGCUAGCUAAAGCACUUCAUGGGUGACUGUGAAGGAGCACCGAGGACACAGAUGGAGAGAAUAGCUGAGCUCAUUUUCUGUUUUGGCCUAUUCUUACAGCUGCUUUAGUGAUUACUUCUGAGUUCUUAGCAGGACCACAGUGGGGGAGCUGCAUAUGGAAGAAUUGAGUUAGGGAGCAAGCAAGAGCCUUCUUUCCCAUUUAGGUGUGUUUUUAAAGUAGACCCAAGAAUUGUUUGCCUUUGCUCUGCUGCUGCUCUUCUACCAAGCAGUUUCUCACAAACCAUCUCCUGUUCUGAGGAGCUGGAGAUGUGCGUGAGAAGAACCAUAAGUUGCACUAAUGAGGUGUUGAG